AUGCUUCGAGGCCAGGUCAUUUCAUGGAGAGCUGCACUCCAUCGUGCGCCACACUAUGUAACUCCCAGGAUAGCCCCCAUUUCAGCUAGGCAUCACGCGAGCACUCGAUUGCCAUCGACACGCACACCGAUAUUUCCUACACCGACCAUCGCUUCGCGGGCGUUUACGUCAAGUCGAACCUCAUACAAAGAAAAGGCGCCACCUUCGGAGGAUGCGCCGGAAAAUGCGGAAAACAAUGAUGGUGCAGAAGGCAAAGACACAACUAAACAAGUAGACUCUCGACGGAAGUCUGGAGAUGCGACGGACAAGCAAGGUUCAACACAGACGACCGAUACACCAAGUCGACGGCGAGAUAAGAGUAACGCAGAAAAGGAAGAGCAGGCAGAGGUUACCAAGAAGGGCGAGUCUCAACAAGCUAAAAGUCGAGAUAGCAAAGCCGAUUCGAGUUCGCCGUCGCCGAUACCAGUUUCCGGAGGUGGAGGGUCAGAAUCGAAACCUAGCGGCGGGAACGGUAAUGACGAUGGUGGAAGAAGAGGCAGAAAGGGUGAAAAGUCGCUUCAGAAACCCUUUAUCCCCGAUGUCUACCCACAAGUGAUGUCCAUUCCGAUUGCGAGACGUCCGUUGUUUCCCGGCUUCUACAAGGCAAUUACUGUGAAAGAUCCGAAUGUUGCGGCAGCUAUACAAGAAAUGAUGAAACGCGGGCAGCCUUAUGUGGGAGCUUUCUUAUUCAAGAACGAUGAUGCGGAUGGUGAUAUCAUUGAAAACAUGGAUGAUGUUUAUGAUGUCGGUGUUUUUGCUCAAAUUACAUCUACAUAUCCGUUGAGCACAAAGGAUGGUGAAGGUGGCCUGACAGCUGUUCUUUACCCUCAUCGAAGGAUCAAGAUCAGUUCUUUGCUAGCACCCAAUGACCCAGCCCGGAACAGUACUGUUGAUCAGCCAAUUACAAAGGAUACAUAUGAAAAGAAAGGAGACGUCGUUGCAAGCUUUGAAGAAGGAGCCGUCGAAGCUCCGCCAAAGGAAGUAUAUCACUACGAGCCAACAUCAUUCCUACGCAAACACGCGGUCACCCUUGCCAACGUUGAGAACCUUACGGAAGAGCCGUUUGACAAGAAGAGCCCAGUCAUCCGAGCUGUUACGAGCGAGAUUGUCAAUGUCUGCAAGGAAAUUGUUCAAUUCAACCCACUUUUCCGGGAUCAGAUUUCUGCCUUUGCGACAGACCAUUUCCCGGGUAACCUAGGAGAUGAGCCUGGAAAAUUGGCGGACUUCGCGGCUGCAGUAGCUUCCGGAGACUCCCAAGAGGUGCAAGAAGUUUUGGAAGCCAUGAACAUAGAAGAGAGACUUCCCAAAGCACUUGUCGUCUUGAAAAAGGAGCUGAUCAAUGCUCAGCUGCAGUCAAAGAUUUCCAAGGACGUUGAGGCCAAGAUUCAGAAGCGCCAGCGAGAAUAUUGGUUAAUGGAACAGAUGAAAGGAAUCAAGAGAGAGUUAGGUAUUGAAUCCGACGGCAAGGAUAAACUUGUCGAGAAAUUCAAAGAAAAAGCAGAGAAAUUGGCUAUGCCAGAGGCGGUGAAGAAAGUGUUUGACGAGGAAUUGAAUAAACUUGCGCACCUAGAACCCGCUGCAUCGGAGUUCAACGUUACUCGCAAUUAUCUCGACUGGCUUACACAAAUUCCCUGGGGUCAGAAGAGCGUAGAGAACUUUGGUAUAAAAAAUGCCAUGUCAGUCUUGGAUGAGGAUCACUACGGCCUAAAGGAUGUCAAAGAUCGAAUUUUAGAAUUCAUUGCAGUCGGCAAACUCCGCGGUUCGGUGGAAGGCAAAAUCUUGUGUUUGGUUGGACCCCCGGGUGUUGGCAAGACUAGUAUUGGAAAGUCCAUUGCCCGGGCACUCAAUAGGCAAUACUACAGGUUCUCGGUGGGAGGAUUGACGGACGUCGCUGAAAUCAAGGGACACCGAAGAACAUAUGUUGGUGCACUACCGGGAAGAAUUAUUCAAGCCUUGAAGAAAUGUCAAACGGAGAAUCCUCUUAUUCUCAUUGAUGAAGUCGACAAGAUUGGACGUGGUCAUCAGGGUGACCCUGCUUCUGCCCUUCUAGAGUUGCUUGACCCGGAACAGAACUCGUCAUUCCUUGAUCAUUAUAUGGAUGUACCAGUGGAUUUGUCAAAAGUUCUGUUUGUUUGCACAGCGAACGUGACAGACACUAUUCCACGACCUCUGUUGGAUCGUAUGGAACUUAUUGAAUUGUCAGGUUACGUUGCCGAUGAGAAAAUGGCAAUUGCCGAUAAAUACCUUGCACCUGCUGCCAAAGAACUCAGUGGUCUGAAGGAUGUCGAUGUUUGUUUGCAAGAGGAUGCUAUUGAGGAGCUUAUCAAGUUUUAUUGCCGCGAGAGUGGAGUUCGAAACUUGAAGAAGCAAAUUGAAAAGGUCUACCGGAAGGCGGCCCUUAAAAUCGUCCAAGAUCUCGGCGAAGAUGCACUACCAGAAGAGGCCCUCACGACAGAAGGAAAACAGGCCAAAGAAGAAUCCGACAAAGAGAAGGUCGACCCCCAAGACGUCUUGAUCGAGCCAGAGAAGGCUAGAACCGAGACUCCUCGUACUGCUUUGAAAGUACCAGAAAGCGUGCAUGUCCGCAUCAGCAAGGAAGUAUUGAAGGAUUACGUGGGCCCACCAGUUUUUACAUCCGAUCGUCUUUACGAUGUCUUCCCUCCUGGUGUUACCAUGGGCCUGGCCUGGACCAGUAUGGGAGGUGCUGCUCUUUAUGUGGAAUCUAUCCUUGAGAAUGCACUCACCUACGACUCUCGCCCUGGGUUCGAGACCACUGGUAACUUGAUGAACGUCAUGAAGGAGUCGACUCAGAUUGCGUACUCCUUUUCCAAGUCAGUCAUGGCUCAAGACUUCCCCGAGAACAGAUUCUUUGAAAAAGCCCGAGUACAUUUGCAUUGCCCAGAGGGUGCUGUGCAGAAAGAUGGACCAUCUGCUGGUAUUACAAUGGCAACCUCUCUACUUUCUCUUGCAUUGAACCACCCUCUUGACCCUACCAUCGCGAUGACUGGAGAAUUGACAGUCACCGGAAAGGUUCUUCGUAUUGGAGGACUCCGCGAGAAGACUGUCGCUGCUCGUCGUGCCGGAGCCAAGAAGAUCCUCUUCCCGGCUGACAACAUGUCUGACUGGCUGGAAUUACCUGAAAACAUCAAAGAAGGCAUCGAAGGUCACCCUGUUAACUGGUACUCCGACGUCUUCAACAUCGUUUUCUCUAACCUAGACCGCGAAGCAGCAAACAACGUCUGGAAAAAACAGCUCACCAAACAAUCCAAGUACAAAAAGAGGAAGGAAGAGUAUGACGAUGACGAUGAUUAA